GAUGUUAAUGGUGGAUUGCCCACAUGGCUUCUGGAGCUUGUUCCAGCUGUCAAGUUUGAUGUCAAUAGUGGAAGGGUUGCCUUUGGAAAUAGGUUGCUAGAGACCACUUUGUGUUUCAAGUUUGAGAGUGCCACAGGAAUUUACACAACAUGCCAGGCUCACUCGUCUCUAGACGAGUUUAUGCAUAUUGUUAAGUGUCAAGGGAAAAACGUCCGAGUGAUGCUUUCGCCAAGCCCAUCUUACAGUGGACCGAUAGAUGAACCCCCUCGAUAUAUGGGAGAAGGUUUUGUUGUCCUUCAAACUGCUGACUGUAAAAUCACUUACUAUCAAGAUGAACCAGGUUAUGUUCCCGAGGUCAAAGCCGAAAAUGAGGAAGAAUUACCAGACAGCGAUCCUCACUGGGGAAUCGAUGUUGUCUUUCUCAAGAACACCACCUUGUGCUAUGGCCCUUGGGUUGAUAGACAACGAGAUGCAUUGCAGAAGUUCUUCUACCCUUUUGACUAUCAAGAGAUUCAAGUCACGAAACCGCUAGUCCCUGGCCAGAGGCGAGUCCACACCGGACUGGAUGUUAAAUUUGACUUUGAGUGUGACUCUACACUUGAUAUUUUAUUUUCCAAGAAUAGGGUCACCAAGGCUCUUCACCUGUGCGUGGGGUCUGGGUCACAUGUUCGAGUAUACCAGCCGUGGACUGUGAACGAGUAUGGUUAUACUACUUCAGUCGUGGCCAAGUUAUUCCAAGUCGAAGCUACGACCAGUCUGGCCUAUAGGAAGCUCAUUGAUGCAGACAUGAUGGAUCUGGCUUUCCACAUGUCUUUCCCCCGCAUUUGGAAUCAAACACAGCACUGGUCAUGUGAUAUCACCCUUCAGAAAGUCACGUGGAGUUUCAUCUUUGCGCACAAGUUCUUCUUCCAAGAGAUGAUCGAAGACUGGACAAUGAACUACAAACCGGAUCUACUGACCUUUGUGCCUUAUGAGUGGUCAUUUAACAUCAUACUGCGAGACUUUGAGAUGGUUUGGUUGGGAAAUCAGCACAAUUGGAUUGAAUGCACGUCAAAUAAACAAGAAAAUGCUGAGCUGGCUUUCUGUGGUGAGGUGUUCGACUUAACAUUUGUCCUCCAAUACUUCCGCUUUAUACCGGAAAUAGAAGAGAUCAAGUUCUUCCUACAGGCCGAGAAGCUGGUUGCCAGAAUGUUUGUCCCGGAGUCAAACACUCUCAGACGCAGCCUGUUAUCGCUGGCUCGUACCUCGGAGAAGAAACGGGAACAGGGUCUUAGAUCGCGCUCAUCAACUACCACGGGUAACAUAGAUGAGGCGGUUGAGAGUGCCGAUGAACAACCUAUCACAAGCACAACUGAGGAGACCAUCAGUGGAGGAUGGAGGCGGCACACCGACGAAAGUCUUGGGUGGGUGGAUGUGAUGUCCGUUCCCAUCCUGGGGCUGUCCUUGGGGUACAUGUAUCAUCCUAUGUAUCCGAGCCCCAAGUUUGAGGUACCUCGCGGGGAGGAACUUCCUUGUGACCCCACACAGUGGGAACCUGACGUCAUCAGCCUGGAACUGGAAGCUGGACCAGCCGCACUCAAGGUGUUUGGCUCAUUGUUGGCUAUGCUCGCAGCCAUUAAGGAGAACUACUUUGGCAUUAACCAAGAAUUUAAAGAGCUCGGCAUCAAGUACAAUCGAGAAGAAUCAGUGAGCGACACUACACUGGGCUCAGGCAGCAAGGACACAAUUAACUUACUAACCUUGAGGCCGAUGGAAGCUAACAUCAUCCUGACACUUUCUGAUGUCAAGGCGGAAUUAACUAAGCAUUGUGGUCCCGGCGAGCCAUCAAGUCCGCUUUUGCUGAUGGAGAGACUGUCGUUUGAGAUGCACAAGACGUACACAGAGACUCGGUUACAGUUGCAUCUGAGUCCUGCCACAAUCAUUCUUGUUGACGGCAAUGAACGCGGUAGUGUGAACCACAAUCUGUCCCAGGGUCAUCUGAGUUUGUCUGGACUCCAACUCCGUGGUCACGCUAUGUUCUCUAAUCUGGAUAGACCACCUGACUGUGAGACUUUGGAGUACGCAUGGCUUGUAGAGAUACAGCUGGGCAUACUGUCUGGAAGGCUCACCAUGCCACAGCUCCAAGCCAUGGCGAACUGGGUACAAACGUUUGCCUUUCACGUCAUCAACAAAGAGAACGACCUGGGACCUAGUACCCCGUAUGUCCAAUGCAUUCACGGUAAACAACAACAUGUUUGCGAGAGAAGGCACAAGAAGCGAAAGGUGCCUAGAGACGUGGACCAUAGUCUAGAGACCAACGAGGGGUCCUUGCCAAAAGGAACCUUCAAAAGAUCAAAGAGCUCCCCUCAGCUGUGUAUCCCUGAAAGUGACGUGAAGUAUCAAAUGACAAGGGUCUCUGUGGGGAACAUUAAUUUGUUCCUUGUUGAGACUGGGUCUGCGUGUAAUCUGGAGGUUUUUCCUGUCAGACUCGCCACAUGCAGUCUUCAUAGUUCAGAGUCCAGCUCGGGUGUAAGUUUGUUCGUUCAAACGGUUAAACUCCGCCAGUUUGUUUGUACUCCGUGGCCAGAGAGGACGCAAGAAAUUCUCGGCGACGUGCGGCGGCCAUUGUCCUUGGUAGAAAAUUCAUCCUGGCUUCAGGCGGCUGCUGCACAACUUGGACCAAUCGUUUCUGAUAUAUCGAGCGCAACGUCUCACCCGGAACUAUACCAGGAGCAAAAGGAUUUCCUGGAGAUGCAUGAUGCAAGUUUCCAGCGGCUGUGGUUUCUUUGGCAACCUCAGGAGCAGUUGCCUGGUAGAAGACGGGGUUGUUGUGGUUGUACCGGCGGUUGCAACUUUUUCGGCAAAAAUGUCAAUGGUCCACGAUUCUUCACGGCUGAUAAAUUAGACGCCAGCGAAAACGACAUCGGAAUUGGCGGAUUUGGCAGUGAGACAGGUUUCUAUGACGACGGCGACAUCGUGGACAGUGGUGCCAGGCCUCUUAUGUAUUCUCGGAGUGCCGACCUAGAUGCCCUGGACUCUAAUUAUUUUGAUCGGUCGCCCGUUGGCUCGAUAGAAGCAUUUACGCGCCGGCGAUACCAUAUUUCUGGGUCAGAGGGAAGCUCUCCAAAAGCAAGAAGGGUUAUCCACGCGCCCUCAAAUGAGGAAGCCUACGAGGAACUCGGGAUAGAUGACGAUAUUAGCCCCAUGCCCUCUCGUCUUAGCUGGUGUGAAUCGAUUCAGCGCGAGGAGUCCAAUAUUUCCAACAUGCAUGAAAAAAUGCGCCGCAUCAGGAGCACGAGUCUCCAAGGGUCAAAGCAGAGCUUGGGGCAGAGUAGGAACCAAUCUACCUCCAAAUCACCCCAUGGCGCACUGCAGAGGACUGAGUCUCACUUCUCUCGUGGAAGCGAGGCUUCGUUUUAUUCCUGUGGUAGCCUGUUGGAUGAAAUUGAUAUGAGGCCUGCUAGUUCAAGGGUAAAUUCUCUCGAGUCGUUUGUAUCUGCUGUAGAGGAACCAGAUGACCUCAUGAAGUUCGACGACGAGAUGCUUUCUCCGUCUCAUUUUGUUAUCACAUCUCCAAGUCUGGUUUACAAAUACUCACAGCAUCUGGGACAAUUGGAAUGUUUGAACUGGAAUUCACCUCUUAUGAUUCCAGCUGAACAGCGACUGUUUAGCAUCACAAACAACUUAAAGGAGACAGAACCUCAAGAAGACUUUGUCAUUCCCGGAGUUCCCCAGUUUACUUACCAAGACGGCGAGAAGAUCGAAUUUCCUCUGCUCGUCAAGAAAACUCAGAAGAGGACAGAUCAUGACGAUUGGGAGGAGGAGGAAGAUUCAUCUUCCAGUGCCGAAUCUUUAUUUUCCCCCAAUGUCUCAGUGAAGGCAACGAGCUCUGCACAGGACACCCAAGGAGAGGCGAAAAACGAUGAUGCCAGGUACGUGUCCUCGAUUUCUCGACAGGACAAUAUUUUGCAUCCGGCCCUUGUUGUAGAUCUGGUGCAUGACAAAUGUGUGGAUGCCACUGAAAGCCUGUACGACAGGCGCGAGGUAGAAUCACCCUUAGGUUCGCCAACCGUAGCUCCGGUUAUUGAGGAACCCAAACAAAAACAGAUGGUUGUUUCGUUUUCAACUUCAAAGAUCAACUUUUGUUUUCUACAAGUUGCAUCUGUUGAGCACAGUGAAAUUCCAGGCUCUCCGGAAUGCUUCGUAGAAGAAGAAAAGUCGCCGUCGGUGUCUUUAUUGGCGGGAACCGUUAGUGGCAUCACGGCGGAACUUCUGUCGGUUAGGCGGAAGCCUGCAGCGGAGGAGACCGAGGUGCCGAGGAGAGAUUCCAAUGUGUCAUACACGAUUGCCCCUUCGAGCGCCAAACAAACUGCUAAAACUGUUGAUCUGCAAUCCUUGUCCAAAGAAGAAUCUAUGUUACCUUAUAAGAAGGUACCGCGUCAUCGGAACACCAUGACAACCGGUCAUGCCUCCUGUGCGCAAAUUCACUUUCAAUUGCGGAAGUUGUGUGACAAAGAGGACAUUGAGAAUUGUGUGACAACUGCCAUAGCUGAAGAGUCGGCACGAUGCAAGUUCCAAGUAAACAACAGCAGUUAUAUAAGCUUCUCAGACCCCUUUGAAACGCAAAGUGUCGAGCGCGGAAAAACACUUAGUUUAUUAAUGCUGGAAUGCGGCCUCGAUAACGUUUCAUUCAAAGCCGGAAGUGAGUGUGCGAGCGGAAGUGAAGUGUUGCCGAAAAUAAGGGAGAAAAGGCGAGCCGCUGGCCAUCAAAGUAAGGUGAACAGGCUCCCGUUUGGAGAAAAGAGCAAGGGAGGAAAUAUAGAAGCUCACGGGUUUAACAAUCCUAUGUUUGAUACAGAGUUAGGUGUGGCUGGAAUGCGUUCAUCCCUCGCUGAACAGGAACAAGUAUCAGAUACGAGUUUGAGUCGAGCUAGUUCUUUGCCGUCGAGUCGUGGAUCCGUCAGCAGCCGUAGCAGUGGAAAUGAUUCUGACAAAGAAAGCGAUGCUGAUGACGAUGUUACCAGGCCUCUACUUCGUCCAGGAGAUCGCGUCGUGGUAAAAGGAAAAGAAAAUUCAGACUUGAUUAAACAGGGGGAGAUCGAACCGAAAGACGCAGAUCUCGCGCGGCGAACGGACGUAGCCAUGAAUUUCACCAACAUCUGGUUCAAUCUGUCGUCGCCCUCUUCUUUGAAAACUGUUCCCUCAAACUAUCACUUAUACAAUAGUCUCGUCACGACUGCAGUGCCUUUCGUGACAGCCUGGAUCCCGUCUGUCACACAACUGAAGUCAACUCUCAAUAAAUUGGAAGAGAAUCAACAACGAUUUCUAAAGAGCUUGUUUGCUUGUCUGCUGGCUCAGGCGCUACCUGAGUAUGGACGGAUUCCCAAAGCGCACACUGUAACCCGUGGUUCGACGGAGAAAUCCAAAUUUUUACAAGAGGACCACUCCAGCCAACUUAUUUAUAUACUCCGAAGGCAGCUAACAGGCUCCAAACUCAACAAAAUAAAACACUCGCUAGCUGAGAAAGCAAAUAUCCCAGAAAACGAAAACCUUGCUAAAGGAAUCUUCGCCCUGGCAAGACAAUGGAAGUGUUUUCUGGCGGGGACUGAGGCAGGUGAAGUCGCGUUCUACGGGUCCAGUUCACUGAAGCGUCGGGUAGUCGGACGUGGAGUACUGACUCAAAGAGACAGGGCUAUUUUACUGAGGGAGGAGAGAGUGAGUAGGCAAGAAGACACGCCAUUGGAUUUGAACAUUCCACAAGUAACAGAGACAGCAAAGGAGCGUCCGUUGUUAACUAAAGCAGACCAAUCAAAAUAUGAUGAGGGAUUUCUAAAAGACACACCAGAGAAAAUAGCAAAAGACUCUUUAGCAUUGGAGCUUGAACCAUUAGUUCCUGCCAAAAAGUCCCCGAGGCCAGUCCACUUGGACGUACCCAGACCGAGGAUAGAGGCGUCUCAGGAGUCUGAGACGGACUCGGAUUCAUCCCCACCAACCACUAUGAGGAAGCCACCUAAAGCCACAACAUUUGCGGAAGGUAGAAAGCUCGGACACAACAAGAAGUUGAGUUUAUACAGUUGGCUAUCAUCGCCGCCCACUACCUCCCCUCCCACAUCACAAACAAAGGCUAACGUCGAGGCAGGAGUGGAAACGAAUACAGGAGAACAGAUAAAAGACUUAAUUUCCAAACCUUCCUCUCCUGAGGAACCCGGCCUGUUUAGCGACAUGGUCAGCGUACCGACCAGCGGUAAACAGAUCAAAGACGAGCGCGAGACUUUUAGGAACUUUCUGCAGGCCAUAAAUCUGAUUCCAAGGGUUGCUGAACAACAAGAUACGGCCAGCACGUUCUCUGUGAGCACUAAACUGAGGUACCUACACGUGCAUUUAGUGGAUGGAGGCUUUGAUAACCUGGCUAAGAAAGGAAAGGGAAAAGGAAAGAACCGAGUGGAGACUGAGGAUAGGAAUAAGAGACGCCGCCAGGAGAGAGACCCAGUAUUCAUCGCCAGAGACUUCGUUUUUAGGUUUCUUUGUGAUGAAACUCCUCGAGAUAUUCUUCCCAAUUGGACUCCAGUUAACAGUUUUUACUCAAUGAAGGAGAACAACAAAUUGACGCAGGUCAACUUUACCGUGGGAUGUGGCAACAUCACGCAACGUGUCAAUCUCUCUUUCCUCCGUCUGGUUCUACAAGUUGUGGACAUGCUCGAGUUACUGUCAAAUUUUGUCUCCAAAAACAAUGAAUGCGAAAUACCGCUGACAUCUGGAGACCAAAGUUUGAUGUCCCCUGAAGACCACACUGACGGGGGUCUGCCGUUGAGGUCAAAAGUGCCCCAUGCAGCUGCAAGGUGUUGGAGAAUAAUGUACCAGGUUGUUGACCUUUAUUCGUCGCUACCGCGUGAGGCCAAAACUAAGGGCUUUUUGAAGCGAAGUACCCUCGGGAGAGUAUUAGGAGCUGACAAAAUGUCGCCAGAUAAGCCACGUGAUGUCAAGAUCGAUAUUGAAGACGGUGCGAUAGAAGAUGGUAAAAGGCGCCGCGCCCGCAGCUCAGGGAGUCCUGAGAAAAGACGUUCAGCGGCCAGCCGCAGCACCACUGAAGCAACUACCAUAACGGAUCAGGAGGAUGCGAAAAGUGUGAUACCGCUCUCCACAGUGUUUGGUGUAGUGACGUUACCACGGGUUAAACUGCUGGCUAGUAUUGGCGGGCUCAUACUGGAGACAGAGCUCAGAGAAAUAAGUGUGUCGUUUUGUAAGAAAGAGAAGAUGGAAAAAAGCUGUGAAGUUUCAGACCAUGCCGCGUCCUCCGUGACGGCUCAUGUAGGAAAAACAAGAAUGGAUCUGAAAGAGACGUCGAAAUAUGCCACAGGGACCGUAGUGAGCUGCAAUUUGUCUCGCUCUCAUGCUCUCUACUCUUCCGUCACGCAAUCAAGCGAGGAGAAAGGUAACGCACUGGUAACGUUGGGAGUGGUUGACAUCGACAUCCCUCAGCACCCCGUUGCGUUACACUCAAUGAUGACGCGAAGUUCACGCACUAUAUCGCGACACAUCUCAGAGAUUCAAAGUCAGAGAUCUGUCAUAAGAUCAAUGGCGAGUCUGGAGACUCGAUCCCAGUCCCGCCUUGCUAACUCUAGGCUUUCUGGUGUGCCACCUGAUUUCUCUAAGUUCGCUCAGCUUGUGUCUCCGUCAUCUGUUAAGCCGUUUGCCCCAUGGGAUCGUGUAGACGGACCCUCCCCACUCCCCACAGUGGCCAGAAUCUCUUUCACUUGCGUGUUGAAGGGUUUUUGCCUCGGAGCCUCGCUGCUGCCUUCUCUUCGAGCUGAGUACAAGAUUGGAAGAGUGACAGGAUCAGGUCGCACAGGAAAAAAAAGCACUUUUAAGUUGGCCAUGCCGGCUCACAAUCUGAGUUUUACUUCUAAGGUUCAGUCCUUGGAUAAUACAAUCCCGCCAGCUACAGUUGUGGAACUACCCCCAGUCCACUUGGAAGGUGAACUAAUUUCCAAGCCUCCUCGGCCCGCCCGAGCCAAGGAAGGUCCUUCGGAGACUGGGGAGAGUUUUCUUCGUCGUUCCACGCCUAAAAACUAUCUGCACGUAUCUGCGGAAAUCGGUGCCUUCCAGCACAGCCUCACUACAGAUCUGUUGAACCAUCUUGUGUUUGUGCAGAAGAGCUUUAUGAAGGAAGUGAAUGAUGUUCUUCAGCGAGUGUCGGGUGAGAGCCAACCUGUCCCUUUGUGGAGGACCGCUUCUACUGAAGAUGUGGACACCGCAAAGGAGAAAGAAAUUCCCUUGCUGUAUUCAUUCCGUCUUAACCUUAAGGGAAUCCAAGUGACAGCAACAACUCCUUCGUCUACCGCGGUGAGACUGGAUACUGGUGAAGUGUCAUUAGAGGUGUCCAACUCAGCGCCAUCGUCUGGCCUCCUUCCUGGUCAGCUGAGGAGGAGUAGCAGCUAUGUGAAACUGUUUGGAAAAGCGCAAGUGGACGUUAAUCUCUCUUUAGGACAAUUUAACAAGAGCCGCAUCAUAGACAACGAACUCGAAUACCAGCAGUUGGCUUACUUCAAAACCAGGAUUGGAGUCAGCAAUUCAUUUCAGGACAGCAGAUCGUUAGCUGGCACAGAAGAUAAAGAGACAUUCCUGGUGACGUUGACUAAACCGUGUUUGUACGUACAGCAAGUGGCAUUCGACAAAGCGGUUCUUGUUUAUUUGAAUUAUAAGAACGCUUACGAACACUGGAACGAGCAACGCCUUGCGCUGAACAAAGAGGUUCAUUUUGCCACUCAAGCUGUGCUGGACAAACUGCCUCAGAGAGCCCCGUCUUCCCAGCUGUCGGGAUCACUUUUCCUUCAACUUACUGUCGACCAACUUGGCGUUUGUAUUCCCCUCUACAAUGGCAAUCAGGGUAUCGCUCAAGGCUUUCAAAUGAGAUAUGCUGAACAAGAGCCUGGUCCUGCUAUGGUAUUAAGGGUUGAACAGAUGCUACUCACGUGUUGCUCAAGCGUCUCUUUUGUUAGUAAAGGAAAGUUCAACAGCUUCUGUCUUUGGUUCGCCGACAAAUUUGAUACCGACACUGAGGACUGGAAACCAAACUUUGAGUCUGGGUCAACGACGCGAUGUAGUAGAUGUGUUGUUCCCGAAGGAACUUACGAACUAUGCUCCAGAACACAAAGGUAUCCUGUGACACCAGACAUGAUUAAAGCAGGGAAGUGGGUUAUGUCCUUCCAGUGGCGCAUGUGCGGUAUCGAGUUACAUUGCGACACCAACAUUGGUAAGCAUUUGUCAUCUCUGGGACAAACGCUGACCGCUUUGGCUGGUGAGCCGGAUGUGGCUAACAUUGACUCGGUUACAGAACUGCAAGACAGGGACCAAACUCCGAGUACAUCAGUCGGAGGCCGAGAUGAGGUGGAUAACAUGGCAGGCAUGGUGGAUGGACGGAAAUCUAAAAAAAUCGAGAAAAAUAUGUGGGAACAGGCCCGCAAGGUUAAUGAACUGAGGAGAAAAACCGACGUGGAGUCGUCCGUCAUGGAACGAGAAACAAAACGACUUCAGGACCUUGAAAGCGCAGUCUUUAACGAAUUUCGGAAAGACGUUCGGAAGAGGCUUCGGCGAAAUUCUCGGUCUGGCCGAUCGAUCCAUUCGAAGGUUGCCGAUUCAGACCGAGGCAAAACUCACGGCAGGAAAGCUGUGUCCGAGAAGGUUCGGGGAUCCAGAACUCGCUCUAGAGUGCGUCGCCAAGUGAGUAGCGACCAGGAAGACGUCGAGAGCGAAAUGGUGGAGAUGGGGUCACCGCGGAGACCUGAGAGAUUUUCUACCAGCGAUGCUCCGCUGAUUACCUGCGAGGACGAGUCAGAGAACUCAAUUUUCGGAAGAUAUUCGCCAUCUCUUCCCGACAUCAUCAACGUUGGCAACAGCGCAGCUAAGUCGAUUCAUGAAGACACGCUCCCGUUGCGAAGCAUGUUGCACCAAGAAGGAGAGGAAACAGGAGGACCCAGAGUGACUUUUAGGACCCCUAGUGAGUCGGAUUACGAGAGCGGCUCGUCGCAGAAGUCAUUCGCGACGCAGCAUCAAUCCCAACAACAGCAGACACAACAAAAUCUUGAUUUUGAGUUAGACGUGGCAGUAGAGAUUGACAGUGGUCAGUGUGUAUUUUAUCCUGCUGAUGAAGGGGAAAAGGACGACACUGCAGAAAGCAAGACUUCAGACAAACGAUUCCAGUUGUAUGAUCCUGCACGCGGUAAAUUUUCAUCUCCACUGUUCCAGACUACAAUUGGUCAGAAGCGACAGAAACAAAACGCACAAGAGAAACCUCAACCUGAAGAUACAAAAGUACUGUUACCUGCAGUGGAUGUCCGUGUCCACUACCAUUCCACCAUUGACUCUGAAAAUGUCGGAGUCUCCGUUUCCCCGGGUUCUGUAGGCGGGAGUCCACCCACGAUACAAGUUCAGCCAGAGACACCCACAGACAAUUCUUCCUUUAUCAGUUACGCUGAAUCGACUGAUCAAGAAGGUCGAAGCAUGGAUUCUUCAUUCAUUAGCUGUACCCAAAACAGGAAAAUCGUCAAGAGAGCUGGUCUGUAUGUAUGGGUGUUGUUCCAGUCACUACCUCAGGAGAUGGUGUUGAAACCACGUCUGUUAAGUUUUAUUGAACAAGCUCUACAACCAAUCAGCGUCCCAGAUGGAGACGAAGUGGUCGACGGAGGGGGAGGCAUAGCCUCAGGUGAGGACAGCGACACAGAGGUAGAGAUGGGAGGCUCUGUGGUGUCAUCCUCCAUGUCCGAAUAUUCUUCCUUUCCUGUAGAUGUGGUGGUCGUGAUUCGUGUACAGCCAUCUGAUAUUCGCUUCAGCUGUCUCCCUAUUUCACGUGUGGAGUGUAUGCUGCGACUUCCUGCACUAGAUGUCGUUUUUUCCUCCAACUCCAGUCCCAACAAGUCUCUAGUACAAACGCCGUCUUCGCGACUCCUCAGCCGUGAUCAAUCGCGUCUUAGGACAGACCAGAUGGAAAACAGCCUGCCUCCAUCCUCGUUGACUUUUGACAGCGGUGGUAUCAGCUUCACCGUAUGCCUCUCCCGCUUUUCAUUCUGCAUCUUCCAUCCAUACGGGAAGCAGCACACAGGUCUGGGUCGCUCUCCGAGUGGUGGCUCCCCCGAGGCGGAAGACAACCUCGAAGAAAAUCGCCCGCGGUUCCGUUUUGCACCGUCUCAACCCUUAUCUGGUAAGAAGGACUCGCUGAGUUUGAAUGUGGAAUUCGUCAAGUUUAAUUUGUCACGCAGAAGGGUUGGGUCUACUGGUGGCUCGACGGAAGAUAAGAGUAGGACGCCAUCACCUGAUCUUCUGGCUGGGACGGGGACUGGAUCCUCAACUGUUGUCAAGGUUUCUGGUAUCUGUGACAUUGGCUCAGCAACCUUCAACUACGACAUGCGCCGUUUGAACGAGAUUCUGGACUUUCCAAAAGCUUGGUACAAGGGUGGACUUGUCCAGCGGUUAUUCUUAGGAAAGGAGGGAUCUUACGCCACGAAGACGUCAGCGAUGACAUCUGAAAUGAGCCCUGAUGCAGUUCCAAUGAAUAAAUCCUCCGACGAGGACAGGAGAAGAUCUUUGUCCCUCAACGAGAGAGAGACCUCUGCAGCCACUGCAACGCCUGCUAAGCUUCGAAAACAUUCCCUAUUUCGUUCCAUGUCUGAGUCUCACGAGGAGCCGCCACCUGUCACUCCGGUAAAAUCGCCCGUAAACAAACAAAGGCCAGGUCAACGGAAAAUGGCGUCGUCUGGCAGUUCUUUCUUCGGCUUACUUCCUAGUUCUCCUGGUCUCUUGCGGUCAAUGACAAUUAGCGGAAAUAGGAGCGGAUUACUGAGCCCCUCUGUAACCUCGCCUCCAAACAGAAAACGGCCUUCAACCUCAGCUGGGAUGAAAACCAACCUGCCUGAACGCCGUGGACUGAAAGUCAUCGAAAGUUCAUCAGAAACUGAAGUUGAUGGUCCUCGGAGCCAUUCAUCUUCGUCCAGCCUCGCAGGGACUCGGUCCAAAUGGGAGACAGUGGUUGUCGUGGCUGUUAAUCUUUCUAGGUUGGACAUGUCAACAAAUAUGGGCAGCGUGAUGGGACAAACACUAUGGAGUACAAGUGACCUUCGUUCUCAGUGUCACAUUACUCUCACAAAUAUGGGUCGCCGUGAGCUGAAGGGAUCUGUGAGUGUUCGCCAGGCGGUGUAUGAGGCACGAAGUGGUAUUGUCGGCGGACAUGUUGAAAUACAAGAGCUCAAAAUGCGAGCCCAAGUCAACGAAGAGCGAGGCUGUAACCCACAGCAUCUUAUUCACUUGGGUCUACGGUACGCUGAGGCUCGUAUUGACUACAUGGGAACAUGUAUACUUAUGGGAAACCUCUCCGCGUUCAAGACUGACCUGCGUGAUGAAUGGACGCUACAGGAGACAAAGAGCCCUUCCACCGACUCUCUAUUCGAACAGGAACGUGAACCAGUCAACGCCAAAAUCUACAUGCACGGGGACUUGGCGUGGAAUGAUUUCAAGAUAAUGAUUUGUCGUUCCACUACACCCGACAUAGUCAAGAUGGUCGCCAAGAUUCAGGAAUUCGUUGCCCAGCAACACCGAAACAGCAUCCGCGCAUUGUCCUCUCUUCGUCCUCACAUACCUCUCAUCACGGGGGAUGUGAUGUCGUCACUGUCUACGCCAGUCUCCACGGGAUCUCAAGUCAAAGAAGAAAAUAAAGAUGGUCUGAAAUAUCAACAUUGGGGAAAAGUUCUGAACGCGGUCAGAGGCCUUAAACUGAGCAUGCUCAGUAGUCCCCUACCAGAGAGAGGUGUGUUGCUUGGAGGGAGCUUGACUUUACACGGCAAGGCUGUCUCUCUGGCAUGUUUUCACGGGGUGAACUUUCGCUCCCAGUCUUGGGUAUUGUUCACGCUUCAGAGACCAUAUAUGACGUUUACAAGCAAGGUGUGCACAAUAGAGAAAAGCUGUCAAGUUAGGCGCGUGAAAGCCGUGCAGGAUCUGUCACUCAAAUUGGGGCAUGGUGCAGAACACUCUCUCAGUGGAAAACUCUCACCUUCUUCAGCGCACGUGGGAAUCGUCCAAAAAGUUGCUCGUGGUAGGAGGAACCCCCCAUCUAUGGGAAGCACUGUCCAGGAUUGGCUCAACUAUGUUUGUGCAACCGGGGGGGACAUAAGCCCGUCUGAUAACACCGCCCCCAGCAGUUUUGAUAAGCCUCGAGAACGCUCAGAGUCCAUGACAGCAUCUGGUAAAGUUGCCUCGAAAGAACGACGAGCAAGUAUCGGUUUCCGAUACGAACACGAGACGGAGGCGAUAUUCGCUAUUCCAAAGUUUGAGAUGGAAUUUAGAUCUGAACACGACAUGCCAAUGACGUCGAUCGCCUCCAAGUGGGUCCGUAAACAAAAAUGCGCACCGGUGGUCAUGCCCAUGGCUGUGACACCAGCCAGUCCGCACGUGGUGGAGACAAGCCUUACAUCAACCUUUGAUGAUGGGCUUUGCGUAACAAUAGAUGUAGGUCUUUUGUUCUUCUUACAUGACGUGGUACAGACGUAUAUUAAAGAAAACGAGACCACGACUUCAGGUUCAAUUCCCCGCGGGAUGUCACCUCCCUCGCGCGUGCGCAGAGAGCGCAUGGCUGAAAAAGAAGACCGAGAGAAAGCUCCCAAAUCGGAAGCCAAACGAAUUCGUCAGUUCCGGAGCAAGUACUGGAAGCUAGAACCUCGCGUUCGCUUCUUAUCCUGGGCAGGAAAGAACAUGGAUCCCGUCAACAUUGACUGGGUUUUACAGAAGCUUGGUUUCUCGCAUGCGCAGUUGACCAUCCCAAAGUGGGCGCAGCGGGGGGCCAUGGAUCCAAUGGACGCGUUUUUGUCGCUGCUGGCUGAUAGACUUUUUGCAGGAAUGCAGGAAAGUUCGUCAUACCUUGGUGACGAAGAGUAGAUUAGCCGUGUUACCAGUUAAAAUUACGUUAUUUAUCAAGUCUAAUUCGAUAGAUAUGUAAAGUUUCGGUCGUAUUAACGCCAAAUAUUCUUUUUCUGUUAGAUUGCUUUUUUCUUUCGUUUUUUAUGUUAAGGACAAAAUAUAAGGGAGGCUAGGCGCAGAUGUUUUUGAGUCGCGUUUGGCAGCCUCAGCGUUUGCUGCAGGUCUUUUGCAUGGAGAGUUCGAUUUAAAAUGCCAGGACAAGGGCUUGACGGUUGAUUGUUUGUUGUCAAAGUGCGUUACAUUUGCAACCACCGUAAAAAUUGCGCUGGUGGUUGUGGUAAUCUUAGUAUUGGUAAGCUUGAUAAACAAAGAUACAUUUAUUUAUUCAUUUGUUCUUUCUGAUUGGAGUUAUUUAGCACUUGUGAAUAUUUUUUUACUAAUGAUCGAAGAACUGUCCACUUCCAUUUUCAGAUUCUCUGUCCAGUGGAGUUAUUCCAGUUUUUUCUUCUGAGUUGUUUUAUAUUGAAUGAGCUGAAUGUCAGUUUGCAAAUAUCGACAUUUCAGACAAUGACAGGCAAAUGUGUCAAAACGCCGAAACUUAACGAGGGAAAAAUAUUUCAAUACAAUACUUUUCUACUUUCUUUAACAAAACGGACUGCCUUAAAGAAAUUGAAUGCUAGCAUUGAUCUUUGCAAAAUCUUUUAUGUAGGUACUUGAAAAAAAUAAGCCAUAUUUCAGACGGCACAGUUUCAUAGUUCAGAAAUACGUGUAGAUGUCUGACUACUAUUUAUAAUUCAAUUUUGAAGUUUUGCAUGAAAGAUGAAAUGAUUAAUCGUCAAUUUGGAAGGCUGUUCUUUGAGCUAGGUAUUAUAAAAAUGUUUAUUCCAACUUGAGACGAGUUGACAAAUGAGGAGUGCUCUGAUUUUGAAAUAUUUUGUAUCGGUGCGAGGAGUAGUAAACUUUAGAUGUUAUUCAGAUUUUUAGUAAUGAGUGAGUUGUUGAAGAUACCAGUGUAUUUCGUUUUAUUUUCAAGUUUAAAUAAAGCGGGACCACUAUGGAAAAAAA